AUGUCGACCCCGGCCUUUCUGUUGCGAAACCCAGAGAACCAUGCGCGCUGCGCCAAGCCGCUUCGAAAACGCAAGCUUUCGCCGCCGCAAAUCGACACCCCUCGCCUGUUUUCCCCUAGCCGCCAGAAACGAGCCAAAACCACAAAAAUCUUGGGCCAGAGCUUGCCCGUGCACAGAAUCAUCGAAACGUUGGACCGCAACGCGUUGCAGCUGCUUUUGCAACAGGUGGCUGCGGCAAACCCACAGGUGGCGCAGUCUAUUGUCGACCUUGCGCCAAAGCCUGACACAAAAGACGCCUUGGCGGUUAUGCGGGCCAAAUUCGACGCCAUCACCGCCCAUUUGCCCUACAAGUGCAGCGCCGAAAGCGACUAUUCAUACACCCGCGUCAAACCGUACUUGUGCGAGUUCCUCAGCACCCUUUCCGACUUCAUUUUGAACAUGCUCCCGCCAUUGGAGGUUGAUUUACAGCCUGCCUGCACCAUCCUCGACGCCAUCACAGAAAUGAUCCACAAGCUUCCAAACUUCUCCAAUAGCGAGUUCCAGUACACGCGCGCCAUGGCCUACGACCAGCUUUCCACCCUGUGGCAGAUACUCUUGGAUGCCGCAGACGAGCGUCUUCUUGUGCGGGUCGAGGCCGAAAUGGGCUUGCUGCGGCGGUUGCAAAAGCAUAACGAGCUUUCGGGCGGGAAGUUGACUCAGGCAGUAGAACUGGCCGGCCGUGGCCAGCUGCCGCUCUUGGGUGGCUUGAUUACUGUCGACUACUCGAGUUUCCGUCAUUAA